CGUAAUUCUGUCCCACCGGAAUUCGUUCUCCGGCUCCGAUUCUUCGCCGCAGAUCGAAGCCAUGUCUAAAAGGGUUCUUUGUAAGUUUUUUGCUCAUGGGGCCUGUCUAAAGGGGGAACAUUGCGAAUUUUCGCACGAUUGGAAAGCUCCUCCUAAUAAUGUAUGCACCUACUACCAAAAAGGAAUCUGUGCAUAUGGAAGCAGGUGCAGAUAUGAUCAUGUUAAGGCAUCCCCAUUGCAAUCUUCUGCACCAUCUUCUUCAGUACCUUCUCAUCAGAAUUUACUCUCAAGCACUGGUUCUUUAGAUGUUACUUCUGCAACUGUAGUGAGUGGGUCAAGUCCUCUUCCAGAUAUCGCCCCAGAGCAUUUUGUUUUGGACAGACGGGUUCACUCUCCCCUCAAACUAGCUUGGAAUCAGAACUCAGGGCCUCAUAAUUUAUUAGAUGUUGAUGAUAUAAUUGAGCGGAAGAGUCUGAAUCCAGCUGAUCAAUCAAUCUGCUCUUUUGCUGCUGCUGGUGAUUGUCCACGUGGGGAAAAGUGUCCUUAUAUGCAUGGGGAUUUAUGUCCCACUUGUGGGAAACAUUGCUUGCACCCUUUUAGGCCAGAGGAGAGGGAGGAGCAUAUGACAACAUGUCAAAAAAAGCAAAAUCAUAUUGAAACAUUGAAACAUAGUCAAGAAAUAGAGUGUAGUGUGUGCCUUGAGCGUGUUCUCUCUAAGACAACCGCAGCUGAACGCAAAUUUGGAAUUUUGUCAGAGUGUGAUCAUCCGUUCUGCAUAUCCUGCAUCCGGAACUGGCGGGGUAGUUCUCCGACAUCUGGAUUGGAUGUGAAUUCUGCAUUAAGGGCCUGCCCUAUAUGCCGGAAGCUUUCAUAUUUCGUCGUUCCUAGUGUUCUUUGGUAUUCCUCAAAAGAAGAAAAAAAAGAAAUCGUUGACAACUAUAAAGCAAAACUUAGUUCUAUUGAUUGCAAGCACUUUGAGUUUGGGGAUGGAAAUUGCCCAUUUGGAAGUAGUUGUUUCUACAAGCAUGCAUACCGUGAUGGUCGUUUGGAGGAAGUGACUUUACGUCAUCUUGAUGCUGACGAUGGAUCUACAGUGAUUGUGAAAAAUAUAAGGCUCUCAGAUUUCCUCAGUAAUUUGCAAUUGAGGUGAAUACUGCAUAGUAAUCUCAGGGUAUGUGUCUCAAGCAACUAAUUUUCACCCAGGCAGCAUGGAUUGUUUACAUAAGAGCAAGAAGAUAUCAAGAUUCAUGGUGCAUUGGGAGUGGACAAUACUUUGGUUUCAGACCUAUUAUUCCCUUGUGAUUGUUUAUAUUUAUAUAUAUACACAAACACACAAACAGGACAUGAAUCAAAAUAUUGUAUGGAUUUAGGUUAUUGGGUUUGUGGGCCAAUUAAUUUGGGACGUUUGAAUCAAAUAGACCCACUGCCCUCCCCCCCCCAUCGGACUUAAUUUAGGUCAAGAGUGCUUACCUGUACGUUUGUACUUUUACAGGCUUUGCCACCCCCCACCUUUUGCUCAUAAAUUUUGGUAAAUAAG